AUGUUCCAGGUAACUCGCUUCUCUGCUCGGGUGCCACUGCGCGCUCCUCUUUGGGUGCGCUGGAAUUCCUCUAGCUCGGUGUUGCCGCCUCUCAUGACCACAUUGCGGAAUGAUCUCAAGACUGCUAUGAGAGCCAAGGACACUUCCAAACUCAAUGUCCUCCGCGCUCUCAUCUCCGAGACCAAUAACGCCGCCAAAACCGCCUCUCCCAUCCAGACAGACAUCCAGCUCCUCUCCCUCAUCCGGAAACGCGCGUCCGCGGCGAAGGAAGCUGCGGAACAAUUUGCCAAAGAGGAACGAAUGGAUCUCAAGGAGAAGGAGGAUUUGCAGGUGGCUAUUCUCGAAGAAUAUGCCAGCCAAAUCAAGACUCUCAGUGUGGAAGAAGUCGAGGCCGUGAUCGCAAAGGAAAUUACUGCCAUUAAGGAGGCUGGAAAGAAGCUGGAAGUUGGUCAGGUCCUCAAAUCUUUAUUUGCUACUGGUGGUGCAUUGGAUGGCAAGCCGGCGGACCGUAAGGAAGUUGCUGGCCUAGUGAAGAAGGCUGUAUCUGCCUAG